AUGAUACCAAAAACCAUGAUAUCCAACGAAGUAUACCUCCUGCCCCUCAACGACGAUGGCUCACCCCAGGUCGCCGGCGAAUACGUCUACCUCGCCCCCAAAACGAACGAUCCCGUCACCAUCCGCUUCGCCAUCGAGGGCACCUCGUCCAUCUGUCGCCAUGGCAGUCUGUGGGUCAACAUUCCAGACCAGGGCGCCGAGUUCCACAGAGACCACUUCCGCGAAUUCAAGCUGAAGCCAGACUUCAACCGCACAAUUGAAAUCUCUAUCCCCAUCUUUCAGGCCGGCGCAUAUGCCUUCUACACCACAUACGCAGAGCUACCAGAUCUCGCCGAGGAGCUGGACUCGAGCCCGCAGACCACCGCCACCAACAAGAAGACGCCCCUCUACUACAUCGAUGUCGCCCCGCGCCUCAGCCUCGAUGGUCGUCCUCUACCGCUGCCGGCCUUGUCAAUCUUUUCCGUCAUUAGCAAGUUUAUGGGCAAGUACCCGGGUGACUGGGAGAAGCACCUGCGCGGCAUCAGCGACCGCGGCUACAACAUGAUUCAUUUCACCCCGUUACAGGUCCGCGGUGCUUCCAACUCACCCUAUAGUUUGUACGAUCAGUUGGGCUGGGAUCCCGAAUGCUUCCCUGCUGGUGAAAAGGAUGUCCAGGGCCUCAUCGAGAGCUUGGAGAAACAGUACUCCAUGUUGAGCUUGACCGAUAUCGUCCUCAACCACACGGCACAUAACAGCGCAUGGUUACAGGACCACCCCGAGGCUGGAUACAACCUUGUGACGGCGCCGUGGCUAGAAUCUGCUUGGCUGUUGGAUACGAAGCUGUUGGAGCUGAGCGACAACCUCGAGAAGCUUGGGCUUCCCAUCGAGGUGAAGAGCGACGAGGACCUGAUCAAGAUUAUGGAUGCUAUCAAGAAGCACGUCAUCUCCGAGAUCCGCCUGUGGGAAUACUAUGCAAUUGACGUUGAGCGCGACGUUGAGACGGCCUUGGAGGCUUGGGCUGCUGGUCGUGCCACCACCCUCCAAGACGCUGCUGAUGGCGCAAAUGUUGCCGGCCUCAAGGACGCCUCUCUGAAAGACCAGGCCGAGUUUCUCAUCAAGCACGGUCUGCAGGGCACCGACCGCAUGGGCGAGCGCUUCAGGAGGAGGGUUGACCCCAAGGUUGCCUCUGGUCUUCUGUCUGCCAUCUUUGGACAAUACGAAGGCGAAGACGGCAGUACCACGACGAAGGCAGACGCAAAGUCCAAGCUCAAGUCCCUCCUUGACGAAAUUAACCUGCCUUUCUACAAGGAGUACGAUGCCGAGAUCAGCGAGAUUCUGCAGCAGCUUUUCAACCGCAUCAAGUACUGCCGAAUCGACGAGCAUGGCCCGCGCAUGGGCCCCAUCAAUAAGGAGUUCCCUCUUAUCGAAACCUACUUUACCCGCUUGCCGAAAAACGACACAACAGCCAAGAACAAACCCGAAGAGAACGUUCUCGUCAACAACGGUUGGGUCUGGGGCGGCAAUGCGCUGAUUGACAAUGCAGGCCCUAGCUCACGCGUCUAUCUCAGACGCGAGGUCAUUGUCUGGGGAGAUUGUGUCAAGCUCCGCUACGGUACCGGGCCGUCUGACAGCCCGUUCCUGUGGGAUUACAUGACAAAGUAUGCUCGCAUGCUGGCCAAGUACUUUGCUGGUUUCCGCAUCGACAAUUGCCACUCCACCCCACUCCACGUUGCCGAGCACAUCCUCGACGAGGCGCGGCGCGUCCGUCCCGACUUGUACGUUGUGGCUGAACUGUUCACUGGUUCCGAGGAGAUGGACUACGUCUUCGUGAAGAGGCUGGGCCUAAGCGCGUUGAUCCGUGAGGCCAUGCAGGCGUGGAGCACCGGCGAGCUAAGCCGCUUGGUCCACAAGCAUGGAGGUCGGCCGAUUGGCAGCUUCGAGGUGGAUGAAAUUUCCAAGGCGGACUCCAAGUCUCCCAUAAGCCCCAUAAGUCCGUCUGUUGAGGGCACCGACAUGCUUAACGGCAACAACCCGUCUUCGCGUGAGAUCAUCCGGAGGAUCAAGCCGGUGCCCGUCCAGGCCCUUUUCAUGGACUGUACCCACGAUAACGAGACCCCUGCCCAGAAGCGUGAUGCCCGCGACACCCUCCCAAACGCGGCUCUUGUCAGCAUGUGUGCGAGCGCCACAGGCAGUGUCAUGGGUUACGAUGAAAUCUAUCCUAAGCUCGUCGAUCUCGUCAAUGAGACCAGACUGUACACUUCCGAGUCCUCUUGCAAGCCCGUCAAGAUUGGUGGUGGCAGAAACGGCAUCGGUGGCAUCAAGAAGCUCCUGAACCAGAUUCAUACACUGAUGGGGAAGGAUGGCUACGACGAGACCCACAUCCAUCACGAGGAUCAGUACAUUACCGUCCAUAGAGUCCACCCCGAAUCAAGGAAGGGUUAUUUCUUGAUCGCACAUACAGCUUUCCCCGGCUACGGCAACGGCAACGGUGCGUUCAACGCCGUCCACCUCGGAGGCACAAAAGCUCGGCACCUUGGCAGCUGGAUGCUGGAAGUUGACGCUGGCGACGAGGCCAGGAAGGAAGCCCUCGAUGACAAGAAGCUCCUGAAGGGCCUCCCCAGUCGCGUCGUCGAUGUUCCCGGUGUUCGCAUGGAGGUCAAGGGCGACGACACCAUCAUCACCGUUCGCGACAAGUUCCCCCCCGGCAGCAUCGCUCUUUUCGAGACGUGGAUCCCGGCUGCUGAGCACUCAUCGGGUCUUGACAACUACGUCACUUCGGGCGCCAGAUCCGCGAUGGAGAACCUGAACCUUGUCGAUCUUAACUUUCUGCUCUACCGAUGCGAGGCCGAGGAGCGUGACGGCAGCGACGGCAAGGAUGGCUGCUACGAGAUUCCUGGGUACGGAAAACUCGUCUACGCCGGUCUGCAGGGUUGGUGGAGUCUUCUCAAGGAUAUCAUAAGGGACAAUAACCUCGCCCACCCCCUAUGUCAGAAUCUCCGCGAUGGCCAAUGGGCUCUCGACUACAUUGUUGGAAGAUUGGAGCGCAUCAGCAAGACACCCGACUUUGACCGCUUGGAGAAGCCCGCUGUUUGGUUGAAGGAGCGUUUCGAUGCCAUCCGCAGGAUCCCCAGCUUCCUGUUGCCAAGAUACUUUGGCCUCGUUUUGCGAACAUUGUACAACGCCGCCUGGGAGCGCGGUCUCGAACUCAUGAAUGACAACGUUCGCGAAGGCCAGUGGUUCCUCCAGAGCCUGGCGAUGGUCAGUGUGCAAGAGACUGGCCUCGUCAAGUCUGCGUCCCUUUGGCCGAAGAAGCUGGUGCCUUCACUGGCUGCUGGCUUGCCCCAUUUUGCCGUCGAGUGGGCGAGAUGCUGGGGACGAGAUGUUUUCAUUUCCCUCCGUGGUCUCUAUCUCGGUACCGGUCGAUUUGAAGAGGCCAAGGAGCACAUCCUUGCCUUCGCCAGUGUCUUGAAGCACGGCAUGAUUCCCAACUUGCUCAGCAGUGGGGCGCUGCCUCGCUAUAACUCGCGUGACUCCAUCUGGUUCUUCCUGCAAUGCAUCCAGGAUUAUACCAAGUUCGCACCCAACGGACUAGAUCUGCUGCAAGAGAAGGUAAAGAGACGUUUCCUCCCCUACGACGACACUUGGUUUGACGUCGAGGACUCCCGUGCCUACUCGCAUGAGAGCACAAUCGAGGACGUCAUCCAGGAGGCUCUCCAGAGACAUGCCUCUGGCAUGUCUUUUCGCGAGGCCAACGCUGGCCCUUCAAUCGAUUCUCAGAUGAGCGAUGAAGGGUUCAACAUCUCCAUCAAGCCUGACUGGGAGACCGGUAUUAUCUUUGGCGGCAACCAGCACAACUGCGGUACUUGGAUGGACAAGAUGGGCGAGAGCGAACGCGCCGGCUCCAAGGGUGUUCCCGGCACACCCCGCGAUGGCGCCGCCAUCGAAAUCACAGGUCUCCUGUAUAGCACCCUCAAGUGGGUGGCUUCCCUCAACUCGGACGGCAAGUACCGCUACUCUUCUGUGAAAAAGGCAGACGACUCGAACAUCUCUCUCAAAGACUGGGCCAAUCUCAUCCGAGCCAACUUCGAGCGCUGCUACUACGUUCCCUUGACUCCCGAGGAGGACUCCAAGUACGACGUCAACCCCGAGAUCAUCAACCGACGCGGCAUCUACAAGGACCUGUACAAGUCUGGCAAGGAGUACGAGGACUACCAACUGCGCGCCAACUUCCCCAUUGCCAUGUGCGCGGCCCCUGAACUCUUCGAGCCGGAGCAUGCGCUGCACGCCCUAUUGGUUGCCGACAAGGCCAUCCGUGGCCCCACGGGUAUGGCAACUCUUGACCCUGCGGAUCUCAACUACAGGCCCUACUACCGCAACAGCGAGGACAGCGAGGACUUCGCCACUAGCAAGGGACGCAACUACCACCAGGGUCCGGAGUGGCUGUGGCCGACGGGAUUCUUCCUCCGCGCUCUUCUCAAGUUCGACCUGGCAAGGAGGGGAUCCGAAGCCGGACGUACUGAAGCCUUCCAACAGGUCACGCGAAGACUCAUGGGUUGCAAGCAGAUGAUUCGGGAGAGUCCAUGGGCAGGAUUGGCAGAACUAACGCAGAAGGACGGCGAGGACUGCCCCGACUCGUGCCCCACGCAAGCGUGGUCCGCCGGAUGCUUGAUCGACUUGUACAUGGAUGCUGCGGAAGAGCAGAGUGAUAAAGCCAAGAUUGCCUUACCUGUAAGGACCAAGUAA